GAUGUUGGUUGUAGUCUGGCAGCGCGACCGAUGUUCAAUGUUCACCAAACUGGAAGGAACGCACAAGGCAUUUCACAAUCGGAAUCAUGAUAUUUCGGUUUCGGUUUGUCAUGGCGAUCUCCAUGCUUGCCCAACUGGCCCCAUCUGCUCUCCAGUUUCUCUGCCCAAGUGGAAGCUGGAGGUUUUCAAGUCUCCAUCGUCUUCUAUCGAUAUCAUGCUUUGCUGGAGUAUUGAAAGGAGCUGCGGCGGAUAGGAACCCGUGCGGGCCUGCGUUCCACUUGGAAGAACAGGAGGAGGGUGCAGGAGGGGUAAGGCCAUUGCGGGAAGGCGUGCGCUUGCGCAACCUCAGGUCUCAUCCAUUCACGGGCAAUCGAAGACGACAAGACUGGUGGAAGAGGAAGAUGAAGCACAUGCAAGCUUUCGAUGGUCGAGUUGCAAUCUCAUCCAGGGAGCUUGAGAAUCUCCGACGUGCACGCCAAUACAUCACCUCCGCACCAAGAGCAUCCGACCCCGGCUCCGCGAUUCGCAAUCCCUUUACAUGUGAAGUUACUGUCAGUCAAAUACUACAGGACGCAGCUCUAGAGGAAACGAGCUGGCGCGAUUCCCGACCCGCCAUCACCUCAAUAUCAAGAUACCUGAUAUCACAACCGCUUCAUCCCGAUCGUACAGUGGAAGGGCUGAUGUCCUGAGCGAAUGGUCUUUGUGGUCAACAACCACUCGACCCUCGAUUCACUAGUCACCCGAUGCAAAAUAGGCAUGAUAGUGUGGAAUAAAUACCUUCUUGAAUUCCCGGACAAG